AUGGCGAACUUACCAUCUUCUAGAGUCAUUUCAGAGCGACCAUUCUACACAUCAGAAGUCGAAUAUGCCGGACCUUAUUACCUAAAAGGCAGACCGCGUAGUCGCAUUAAAAUCAAGGCAUAUAUGUGCAUUUUUGUGUGUUUCACAACUAAAGCGGUACAUAUAGAACUAGCACACGAUUUGUCAACUGAUGCGUUUUUAAAUUGCAUGCGACAUUUUAUCUCUCGACGAGGUCUAUGUAAACAUAUUCAUUCCGAUAACGGCACAACUUUUUUAGGUGCUCGCAACGCACUCAAUGAAUUAAGAGCUCUAUUGUCUGACAGCGAAUUUCAAAGUAAUGUGUAUGACUUUCUUGCGAAUCAACAAAUUCCGUGGCACCUGAUACCUUCCAGUGUACCACAUUUCGGAGGCUUAUGGGAAGCCGCUGUGAAAUCUGCAAAAAAACAUGUGUAUCAUGUAGUGGGAGAAACGAGUCUCACCUACGAAGAACUGAAGUUGUAA